AUGCCCAUCUCCUGCGCUACUUUGCAACGAUGGACGAAUGAUCUGAAUCCAGGGAAUUGGAGAGAUUUCUCAUUACGAUGUGCCGUUGUAUAUGCAUACGGAGUCAUGACCUCCGCCAUUGAGCCCAUAGGCGAAGUAAUCUCCCCUCUAUCCACGGACCCGAUCUCUCCAGGAGAUUACGGGUGGAUCCUUUCUAAUGGUGCAUGUGCAUUUCUGGGUAUUGUACACCUCGGGAUUAUGUAUUCGUUCAAAGAAAUGCAGCACCAUAUCAUAGAGAGCAGGAAUCAAUACGCGAAAUAUAGUGAUCCACGCACAAUGGUUCGAUACUCUCUUCGUCUAUUGUCGAAAAUUAUGCUGAAGAAAUUCCAGUUUGACGUGCCAUCCACUAUCAAGGACCAAGUCCGCCAGCGCGAUCAAGACUGUUGUCUCGUUACCAGUAACCAGUCCUUGGGAAAGACUGCGGUAACUUGGAUUGUGCCUCCCUAUUAUCACCGAACAGUAUUCCCUCCUACAAGCCUUACAGAGAAAUCUGGCCUGGAUCGCGAAGAUUUAGAAGUACCCUCAAAUGCCAUACUCCUACAUCAGGAUCUCAUUCCGUACUUUCAAGACAAUGCUUUCAGUGUUGAUAUAGACGACAAAUAUCGUAUCAUCCUCUUCCGUGAGAUAGGCGUAGCUCGCCACCUCCUUCCUACGCAUAUGGCUCCCCACGGUGUACUAGACCCUCAGUUCGAGAUAGUUAACCUCCUUGAUGGUGACAUCAGAGAGGACUACAGUGUAGGGACUAUCUGUAAUAUGAUGAGCGAACUUGGUGUUGAAGGGGAAGAUGGCGACGAGAUGGUUCCUCUUUCUGAUCCACGACGGCACACGGUACUUGGGCAAGCGAUAUGGGAAGAAGUCAUGAGGGGUAGAAUGGCGGAAGCAGAAUGA